UAUCUUUAUGCCGCCAUUGAUCGUCACGCCCAAACAAAAACAUUUUUCAAUUACUUUUGCAUAUAAAUGUGUACUAUUUUAAAGACUGAUGCUAUUUCCUACCAUGAAAUAGUUAUAAUCAAAACAAUUCGUUUAUUUUCCCUCUUUAGUUUCGUCUAACUUUUUAAUCAAUAAUUUCCAAAGAGGUCUUACCGUGAUUGGUUUAAAGUUUGGCUUCGAUUUUCACGUUGUUUGAGAACUGGCUGCGAGAGCAUGGUGUCAACAAGAGGUGUCCGCUAUAAAUUCAGUGAGGGUGAACGUGUUCUGUGCUAUGAACCGGACCCUACAAAGGCUAAAGUACUCUACGAUUCAAAGGUAUUAGAGGUGAUAGAAAGUAAAGACAAACGUGGUCGUCGCACAGUGGAAUACCUCAUUCACUUCCAAGGCUGGAACUCCUCGUGGGAUCGCUGCGUCAGUGAAGACUUUGUGCUCAAAGAUACAGAAGAAAACAGACAGUUGCAAAGAGAUUUAGCUGAGAAAUCUCAGCUCCAAUUAGGUGCUUAUUUGUAUCGACGUGAGCGCAAGAAGGGAAGCAGCUCAACAACAGGCACUGGGUCUGCAAAACGUGUUCGGCACGGCUUCAGCGACGACGGUUCUUCCAGUAGCACGCAGCCAGACGAAGGCGAAACGGGUGAUACGGAUUCCUCGUCUGGCGACGGGUCCGGCUCGCAGCCGCACUCGCCGCCACCCAACGUGCAGGGGCGUGCCUCCAUCACGCUGCCACCACAACUCAGAGAUCGCCUCACAUUCGACUAUCACCUUGUGGUGAAGCGCGGCAAGUUAUCGAGGCUGCCGGCGUCGCCAUGCGCCGCAGAGAUCCUGGAAUCCUUCGUGAAGUGGUUCGCGCGAGCCGGCGCGUGGCACCCCGCGCGCGGCCGCCAUGACCCGCCCCAGAAGCCGGACUUAGUCGACGUCUCCUGCAGGUUGAACCUGAUCAGAGAAGUAGCCGAUGGUCUGCGCGUAUAUUUCGACUUCAUCCUGCGAGGACACUUGCUUUAUAAACAAGAGCUCAACCAGUACCACGAAGUAUGUGGACAGUUCCUUGAAAAGCAAGAACAAAUGAAAUAUCUAGCAGCGCAACAAACGAUUACGUCGUAUGAGAACAAGACUUUGAAAGCUGCUGCUACCAUUACAAGCCCCAAACUACCGGACUACUCUCAUCUGCCGCCAGAUCCCAAUCCCAAUGAUGUAGAGAAAAAUGGUGGCAAAGUGUCCCAUGAUGGAGCACACGCGAAUAACCAUGUAGAGCCAGCCAAGCCGGACGCUACCGAGACGCCCGUUAUCAAGACCGAGCCAACGGACGAGCCGCAGAAUAAUCAGAAUAACAUCAACGUGCCAGCAGCGAAGGUUAGGGAAGCACGCUCCUCCACCCGCGCCGGCAAUGUCGCCAGAAGGCUUCGCUCUCACAAGUCGGUGGUAUCACAGUCCGAGAACGAAGAACCGGCGCCAUCUACUUCCACGGGCGAGCCGCGCACUUUCGAAACACUUUCAUCUAGCGUGGGCAGUAGCGGAUCGUCUCUGAGCGAGUCGUGGUCGCGGCCUGCCCAGGCGGCCGCCACGGCGCCGGCGCCCACCCGGACACCGCUGUCCCUCUUGCUGGAGAAGGUUGCUAAGUGGGAAAUAAUCCCGAGAGAAGGCACAGAACACCUCCCUUGCCGGAUAUACGGCGCCAUACACCUGUCUCGACUCUUCGUCAAGCUGCCAGACUUCCUGAAUGCGACGCAGAUGCCAGACUUCAAGUUGAAACUUGUUUUGAAACAUAUUGACAUGUUUAUGCAAUACUUGGACGAGCACAGCGAGUGGUUCAGCGAGGCGUACUACGUCGCAGACGCGACGGCGCGCUCUCACUGACGGCACGCCUCCGCAAGUGCACACAAACACUCGCGAGACAAUACACAAUCAACCAGUGGAAAAACAUUCCCUAACUAAAUGGACUCUUUAGUUAUCAAUAUAACAAUUUAAUAAUCAUAAUGCAAUUAUUCUGUAUAGACAUGCCAAAUUUCCAUCAUAAUUGAUAAUUUAAGUCUUUAGAAUGUAAGUCGUAACUUAAGUAUUGACAAUUUCAAUAUAUGUAAUGAAUAUCAAUUUUGUCUUAAUGUUUAAAUAAUUAUUUUAUGUAAUCAUGACAUGUACCAAUGAAUAUGUUAAAUGUUUAAAAGUAAAUUAUACGUUUUCACUAUA